AUGUCUGCCCACUCUACUCUUUUUCUGUUCGAGGAUGAGCUCAUGGAGAAUAACCCAUGCCAGACCAACCCGUGCCUCCAUGGAGGGAGCUGCCUGCAGGAGGGGGAUGGCUAUAGCUGCUACUGUCCUCAGGGCUUCUCUGGAGAGAGCUGCGAGAUUGACAUUGAUGACUGCCAGUCUAACCCAUGCCAGAAUGGAGGAACCUGCAUCGAUGAGAUCAACUCCUUUGUGUGUCUUUGUCUGCCCAGCUACGGAGGAGCGACUUGUGAGAAAGACACUGAGGGCUGCGAGCACACAUGGAGGAAGUUCCACGGCCACUGCUACAGGUACUUCAGCCGGAGACACACCUGGGAGGACGCUGAGAAGGACUGCAGGGAGCACAGCGGACACCUGGCCAGUGUCCACAGCCUGGCCGAGCAGAACUUCAUCAGAGGUCUAAGCCAUGACAACACAUGGAUCGGGUUAAAUGAUCGCACAGUGGAGGAAGACUUUCAGUGGACCGACAAGAUGGAUCUGCAAUAUGAGAACUGGCGUGAGAACCAGCCAGACAACUUCUUUGCUGGAGGAGAAGACUGCGUGGUGAUGAUCGCUCAUGAGAACGGCAAAUGGAACGACGUGCCAUGCAAUUACAAUCUGCCCUACGUCUGCAAGAAGGGAACAGUGCUUUGUGGCCUCCCGCCCAGUGUGGAUAAUGCCUUCCUGAUUGGUCGGAAACGCUCCCACUAUGACAUCCACUCAGUAGCGCGUUACCAGUGUGCCGACGGCUUCCUGCAGCGCCACGUGCCCACAGCCAAGUGCCGCGCCAACGGGAAGUGGGACCAGCCCAAAAUCAUCUGCACAAAAUCCCGACGAGCCCACCGCUACCGCCGCCACCACCACAAGGGGAGGAGGGAGCGCAGGAAGCACAAGAGGCACGGCCACAGAGAGGGGGGGCACCAUGGGGGGGAGCAGGGCCACAACCACGCCCACGUCUGAACCAAAAACCCGCUUUCCUACUCUCUCCUCUGCUGCCAACUGCGGUUUGCCUGUCGUCCUUUUCCUCCUGCCCAAUUUCCCCAAACACUACUUUACAUCUUACAGCUCAAAACUCAAAGCCCCCUCCCUACACUGCACUGCCCCUUCCUCCCCCUUUAGCUCCACCCCUGGCUUUCUGAGUCAGCCUGUACCAUAGUCAGCUCUAAGGCCUGCAGAGAUGCUGUGAGGUGUCACCGGGACAAUAUCAAAUCCCUUUGUACUUUCUUUUCUCUGUUCUCGUCUUACCUUUUCCUUCUCCCACCUUUCCGCCAACUCGACCCAGUUACACUCCCCCCUCCGAGCUCAACGACGACCUGAAACAUGGGGCUACGCUGACCUGUUUUUGAGAAAAAAAAGGAAAAAACCUUUGAGAUCCACACCGAACAUUCUUCGGAGAGAUGGUUUUAACUAUAAAUAGGGACGACAUCACUGAAAAUGCCGCGUCAGAAUCAGACGAGUCAAGGGAGACAUCCGUGUUGUUGACUUUGAGCCUUUUGUCUGUUGAACACAUGUUAUUUUUUACAAAUACUCAGUGUUUAUUUCUGCUGCUUUUGGUUCCUUCUUUGUAAGACAUUGUACUUGACUUAAAGCGACUUCUUCUAAAACGGAUGUAAUAGAUUUUCUUUGAAUCAGAGGCAGUUGUAAUUGAAUUGUGAUUGUUAGCGUUGUAUCUUCUUGUCAGUGUGAGACAGUUACUUUAGAUCAGAUGCUUAAACCCCCAGAGGAAAAUGGAAAACACAUUGCAUAUCAAUUCAGUUCCAUCAAACAUCAGUUGCAUUCACAAGUGUCGAUCUCACAGAGCCCUUGUUGUGUCAGACAUCCAUCCCCGACAUGUUCGAGGGUUAAUUGAAACCUUUGAUGUCAGUUUGUCUCAACCCAGCUCAGCAAUCCUAUGUUUGCUUUGCCUUUUCUGAUAGUUUGUGUCUCACUAAGAACAUGUGCUGUGACUUAAUUAAGUUGAUGCGGCAGGUCAAAGCUCCUCUAACUCAUUGACAGAGUUUCACGUCUUUGGUCUGAUAAGGAAAAAUAAAUGCUACCAGCUUGGCAUGAGAGACACAGAGCUGGUAGCAUUACUACUAUAUUUGAGUAGCCGCCUAGUCAAUAAGUCAACACAAGAUAUAACAUGCCCAUGCACACAGUUUAGCUACACAAACACAUGUCCUUUUAAAAUAACUAUUGCGUUUAGCUGUCUUAAAGAAAUGUCCUAAAACAAAACUGAUUCUGUAAAUUAAGUGAGGUAAUACUUCCCUGUUUUAGUGAUUUUUCUAUUGUUUGAAAUGUUUUAGAGUGUACCUGCUAAACGCUACAUCAUGUACGCAGGCUAACUGUCUCUGUUUGAUGCUUGGCAUGUAGCGACAUUCAGUUAUUUACAAUGUAUAUUGAUACACUAGAGCCCUCCCUCUAUUCCAGGAUGAGGCGGAGAACUGGCACGAAAACUAAAAGCUAAUGUUGAUGACACAAGGUGAGGAUGAAUAUCAGGCAGAAGCUCUCAUCUCAGUGUGUGUGUGUGUGUGUGUGUGUGUGUGUGUGUGUGUGUGUGUGUGUGUGUGUGUGUGUGUGUGUGUGUGUGUGUGUGUGGUGUGUGUGUGUGUG